AUGAGUAUGUUGUCUGCCAAACAAAAAGUUAGCUUAUUUGGUUCUGGAGAUGGUCGACAAUUCACUUGUGACGAUGUUUGGAAUCUUAUAGUAGAACCAAAGCAAUGGAAGGAGAAUGAUAUCGAUUGGAAGCAAAAUAUAUCUAAAAAACCAGCAUCGAAAACGGAUCUGAAAAAACUUUCAAACAAAUUGGAUGCAUACUUGUUACAAUUUGAUGCCAAAGAAGUGGGAAUUUGUCCAAUCAAACAAGAAUUAUUCAGUCAAUGUUUCAGUAAGUUUGAAACCAUAAUUAAAAGACACAUAUUAUUGAAAAGAUUAUAAUGGGUACUUAUUAUAUUAUUGACAUUACGAAAUUUAAUAUUGUAAAGAAUUAUCUAGGUAUUCCCAAUGCACCUUCAUAAUACUGGUAUAAUAGUGAUUGAUUAUCACUAAAUAUACCUAUAUAGUCCCUUAUUGAUUUAUUUUUGUGGUAGUUCUAUAAUAUUGACAUGAAAUUUAUGUAGGUACAUAAUUAAUUUUAAUAUUAUUAAAAUAUAAUCCUUAUUUUUUUAUCUGUGAAUAACUUUUCUAUCAAAAAUCUUGUUCCGAUUUAAGAGUGUAGUACUUUUCUGAAAUACAUUUUAUUUAGUAGGCACUACUUUAGGGAGUUAUUUUUUUGAUUUUUUAAAAAGUUUUCUUAAUAAUUAUGAAAACCACGAAAAAACGGGAAUAUUUACAAAUAUAUUAUUUUCAAUUUUGUUUUUAUUAUGAUUCAGUUAAAAUUAUUUCUAUAGACUUGAAAUUAGGACAGACAACUUAAUAAUUGCGUUUUCUAAACAUGAUAAAAUUUCUAAAACAUUUUAGCCAUUAUUGUGCUAUUUAUAAACAUUUAAAUUUUAAAUCAUUUUCAUUCGUAGAAACUGUGUGGAUAAAAUUGUUAGACCAAAGAGAAAUGCUAGUAAAUUUAACACGAGGGUCAUUAUAAGUAGUACUUUGUCGUAAAAAAAAUUGAAUGUAAUGUACAAUUUUUUUUGGAUACAUUUUAAUAUCAAAUUUUGAUGGGCAUUAACGUGAAAUAUAAAUGUUGUAUUUAUAUUAUCUUUUAAUACUAAGCACUUGGUUGGCCACUGUUGUAAGGAAGAUGUUGGGAAGAUAAAGAGGAAAUAUUAAAUGUAUAUCUACAACCAUUGCUAAUGAAAAACGAUCCUGACGGGGUGUGGCUAAUAGUAUUUCUUUGUCAAAAAUACAUAUGUCAUAUUAUGGUGUAAUAAUAUUACAUAUGCAUUGUAUAUUUUCUUAAUGAUUUUUGUUUAAUAUUGUAUCUAUUUUCCCGUUUUCCUACAUUUUUACCCAUGUUUUUUUUUUUUAUUAGCAAACUUCUGGUAAAAUCAAAAAAAAAAUCUCCUUAAGUACCAUCCCACUCCGAUUUUGUUUUAGAAAAGUGCUAUCAUUAUAAAUCGGAGGAGAACUACUUAUUUAAAAGUCGUCCAUAGAAAAAAAAAUUAUAAAAAAAUAAACAUCAUUGUAAAAUUAAUACAUUCCUCACUCAACUAAGAAUCUAAAAAUAUAAGUAUUAUGACUGAACCAAAUUUAAGUUCAAAAAUGAUUGUUUAAAUGUCGUUCAAAGGAAAAAAAAAUAACACCAUUGAAAAAACAAUACAUUCCUCGCUCCACUCAAAUUCUAAAAGUCUUAGCAUUAUGACUGAACUUAAUUUAUGCCUAAACUUGACUGAAUUAUAUGUUAAUACAUUCAAAUCAACUUAAAAUACUUAUAUAGGCGUGCAUACUAUACUUACUAGUCAAUACAACUAAAUUGGAUUAUAUCAUCUGGACUGACUUUGUAUGAAUCAAUUAAAGUAGUUAAUAAUACUUGAGAAAUGUUAAGAAUAUUUAAUGGAAAAUUAGGAAUAGAAAUUUACGAGCAAUUGCAAAACGUAAUUGAAAAGAAUGGUGGAUUUAAAACUUUGGUACAGAUUUCUAGUAUAUAUUUUAGUAAAGUGGAUACUAUGGAAGGAAUAGAAAACGAUUUGAAGAUUCAGUACUUGGUAUUUUUCAAGUAUACUUGGGUAUAUUAACAUCAGUAGAUGUAGAACGUAGUUUUUUGCGCUACAAAAGUUAAUUUUUAGAUAAUAGACUUAGCUAUAAGUUCGAACAAUUUUUAAAAAAUACCAUUGUAUCACAGUGUAACGCUUUUAUUGUAAAUUAUUAUUUAAUAUAAAAAUAAUUAGAUAAUAAAAAAACUGUAAAUAAAUUUAAAUACAUAAACGUUAUAAAUUAUAGUAAAUUUUAAAUUUUUGAUAAUUAAAGGUAAAAUAAAUUUGUUGUGCAUAUUUUAGUGUAUUUCGACAGAAAAUGCAUAUUUUAUGACUUUUAAUGCAUGUUAAUGUAUACAUAUUACAGUUAUUUUAAGUGUAUAGAAACACCCGAGCCAUAUAUAUAAUACACCGGUAAUUGAAGUUACGGUUAUUUGUUUCGUGUUUAUUUAUUAGACGAAAUCAUUAGACAAGAGACAUUGAAUUGUGCCGAACGGGGUUACAUGUUGAUUAUGAUACGGGACGAAAUCAAAAUGAAUAUAGAGUCAUAUAAAAUGUUGUAUGAAAGUAGAACUGCUUACGGUAUUCGAAAGACAUUGCUGGCAAGUAUCUAUAAAAUUUGAAAAGUUAACGCAUGACCAAUCCCGUUCAGAGAGGGGGGGUCUCUGGGUCAAAAUUGAAAUAGGAAGACAAAAUAAUCAUUAGGCCCUAUGCGUCCAUAUAAAAAAAUUGUUUAAUAUUAUUUAAUCGAAAAUUCCCGACUUGUUAUAAAAUAUAAAUUUAAGUUAAAAUGACGACUUAAUAACUGUAUAAACAAUAAAUAAAAAUAACAAUAAACUGUAAUAAUAAUGACUGAAAUGUUAUAAACUACAAAGAUUACUUACUUAUAAAUAAAUUGUACUUUUUUAAAAAUAUAUUUGUGAUUAUAACGAUUUUGUAUACUAUAUAUAUAUAUAUACAUAACAAAGAAUGUUUAUGCAAUAUAUUGUGUACAACUUAUUAUUUAUAGAAGGCUACCUUAGAUAAGUUUAAAAAAUAUAGCCUUUAGACUAUAUGUGCUAUCAGCACAUUAUUGUGAAAAUUAUAAAUCUAUAUUUAAUAUCUUUAAAUUAAAUUUAGAUAAAAAGGCACCCUUUGCGUGGUUCUGGCCCGGGUCCCAAAAUAUCUCUGAACAAGCCUGCGCAUGAUAGAGAUAUUGUGCGAAUUAAUUAUAUUUCCAGCAAUUUGCAUUUUUAUUGUUUAUACGAAAUUAGUUAUUUUUGUAUUAAUUUACCUAACCUUACCUAAGCAUUGUAUUCUGUAGAUAACUUAUCUUAUAAAAGAGGAUAAAUUCCUUUUGUUUCCCCCAAAACUUCCAUAAAAUCUAUUCUAAUCUGAUUUAUGAAAGUUCGAAGACAAAAAAAAUUUUUUAUCCUCAAAUUGUGCCCAUUCAUGGAAAUUAAAACAAACUUGUUCUGUGUACCUACAGCAUAGACAAAAAAAUGAUAAUUUCAAAAAUUUAGCCAAAAUAUUGAAAUUGGAAAAUCAGGUGCUAGAAACUGAUUUGACAAAAACUGAAAAUACGGCGGUCGAAUUUGAACAAGAGAUGGCUGAAAAGUACGAGAUGGAAGUCCAAAAUCACACCAAAAUGAUAAAUGCAUUGAAAAAAAAAAGUCAAAUGUUCAAAGUAACAAUAACCUACACAUCAUUUAUUAUCCUGCAUACUUUUGAGCUUUAAUCUCAUAUCAGUAUGCCUAAUAUUAUAAUGUAUAUUAGGGUAGUUCUUAUUGGGGUGAUGGAAGAAAUUUGGUUUUGACGCCCCUGAAUUUAAUCUAA